GUAUUUCUCACAAUCAUUUCUCACAUUUUUAACUAAUUUUCACUCCUCAAUAACUUUUUUAACAAAUUUUGUUUCAUAUAUCUUGGAUCUGAAAUUUAGUUAACCUUUUUGAUUGGACAUCAAAAAAUACCGAUACCGAUACAGAUACAAAUACAGAUGGAUAUGAGUUCGGAUACAGAUCGUCACAACAACGAUCCACUUAAAGAAGACGUCGCAGUGGACAAUAUACUUAGCCAAGAAUUACACAAGCUAGACUUCAAUGAUAAUAAUGCGGAUAUUGGUGCGACGCAUCAUGAAAAUGAACAUCGCGAUGAUGACGAAAAUGAUGAUGAUGAUGAUUUUACUUUCGUGUUUAUAGGCGAUGAUGAAAAUAAUUCAUCGCCGGGUGGUAUUUACGCGUUUGAAGAGGGUCAAAAUUUCCCGUUAUUUGAUCAAAAGUUGUUAUUAGAUGGCACUGAAUAUGAACUUGAACAAGUUCAUGAUCAUCAAAAAUAUUUACCUUUCCAACCCCCGGUAAAUAGAGUUUUUACCGAGAUGCCUCCUCGAGGAGGAUCCGAGUCGUCGUCAUCUAAAAAGUUGGAUGAUCACGAAGAAGCUGUUGCGGGUCCAUAUUGCGAAUGGUCAUCAACUAGUAAUAAUAAUUCAUCACAUAAUCAUGAUCAAAACGGCCUCAGUAAAAAAAGUAAUUCUACUGGAUUCUCAAAACUAUGGAGAUUAAGAGAAAAAGUUCAUAGAAGCAAUAGUGAUGGUCGUGACGCUUUUGUGUUUCUCAAACACUCCUCUAAUGAUCAUAAAACGACGUCGUCUUCAUCGGCAUCAUUGUCUACAACAAAGGCGGUUGUUAGUCAUGGGGAUGAUCAUGGAAGUCGUCACGGGACUUUUGUCAAGGUUAAUAAUAACGGAAAUGGAUCAGCACGGAAGGGGCCUAAAGUUGUUAAAAAGACGACGAUUUCGGCACACGGGGCUUACAUGAGAAGCAGAGGCGGACACACGGAAGAAGAACGCCGGAAAUCCUACUUGCCUUACCGCCCGGAAUUGAUGGGGUUCUUUACUAAUGUACAUGGUGGCUUAAGCAAAAAUGUUCACCCUUAUUAAAUUAUAAUAAUAAAUUGUUAAUUGUUAGUAUAUUAUGUGUCUUGUAACAUUUAUUGUGUUUUUUAUGUAUAGUGUAAAGGAAAAGGAGUUAUCAAUGUCUGAUUGUUUA